CUACCUGCAGUGGAGACUGAGAGCCGACCCGGGUCACCGAGUCCGACUGGACUUCCACACUCUGAUCCUGGAGGACGACUGUCAGCAUGACUUCAUCCAGAUCUACGACUCCCUGGCCCCAAUUCAGAACCUGCUCCUGACAGAGCAGUGUGGAUACCCUCAUGAGUCCCUCUCCUUCCUGUCCUCUGGGAGCGUCAUGUUGCUGACUCUGGUCACCGACGAGGAGAAGGACUUCCCCGGGUUCAUAGCCAACUACUCACAGAUCUCUCUGAGAGAACAAAAGUGCGGGGGAACACUGACUGCAUCCAAAGGCUCCUUCUCCUCACCUUUCUUUCCCUCCAACUAUCCUCCUAAAACCACCUGCGUCUGGAAGAUCCAGGCCCCAAAAGAAACGUUUUUGAAGGUUCAGUUCAAGAAGUUCUUCCUCGGAAACAACAGCGCCCAGUGUCGACAGGAUUACGUGGAGGUGGACAGUCAAAGACUGUGUGGCAGUAAGCUCCAGAGCAGCGUUCUCACCAGCCGCAGCAACGCCAUGACCAUCAGAUUCCACUCGGACUCGUCCUACGUGGACCAGGGUUUCACCGCAGAGUACGAAGCGUUCAUCCCGACAAACCCUUGUCCGGGGAGGUUCCAGUGCACCAACAACCUGUGCCUCAACACGACUCUGCAGUGUGACGGCUGGAACGACUGUGGAGACGCCAGCGACGAGGAAAACUGCAAGUGUGACGAGUCUCAGAUGAAAUGUAAAAACGGACGCUGUAAACCGGAGUUCUGGAAAUGUGACGGCGUGGACGACUGUGGAGACAACACAGAUGAGGAGAACUGUGUGAAAUGCAAACCAGGUGAGUUCACCUGCAGAAACAGUCGCUGUAUCCCCAAGAAGAUGCAGUGUGACGGAAAGGACGACUGCUCGGACGGAUCAGACGAGUCCAAAUGUGAAAAAUCUCUGGUUCUGCAGCAGUGUUCAGAGUUCACGUUUCGCUGCAGAGACGGACGCUGCAUCAGCAAACUGAACCCUGAGUGUGACGGAGAACAGGACUGUGAGGACGGUUCGGACGAGGACAACUGCCACUGUGGAACGAGGCCUUACCGGAGCUCCCGUAUCGUGGGCGGGCAGGCGUCCCGGGAGGGGGAGUGGCCCUGGCAAGUUAGCCUCCAUAUCAAAGGCCAGGGUCACACGUGCGGAGCAUCGGUGCUGAGCAACCGCUGGCUAAUAACGGCGGCUCACUGCGUGCAGGACAACGGACCAAACAAGUACUCCCAGGCCACCCAAUGGGAGGCCUUGCUGGGUCUCCAUGUGCAGAGUCAGACCAGCGAGUGGACAGUGAGGAGGAACAUUCAGCAGAUCAUCGCUCACCCGGAUUACAACUUCCUCACUUACGACAACGACAUCGCCCUGAUGGAGCUGGACUCCAACGUCACCCUGAACCAGAACAUCUGGCCCAUCUGUCUGCCCUCGCCCACCUACGACUUCCCAGCAGGCCUCGCGGCGUGGAUCACAGGCUGGGGGGCCACCAGAGAGGGAGGUCUCGCUGCGAAGAUCCUGCAGAAGGCCGAGGUUCGGAUCAUCAACAGCACGGUGUGUAAGAGUCUGAUGAAAGAUGACGUGACCGACAGGAUGCUGUGUGCCGGACUCCUUAAAGGGGGCGUGGACGCCUGUCAGGGCGACUCUGGAGGACCACUGUCCGUCACAGGGCCCAGUGGGCGGGUCUUCAUAGCUGGCGUGGUGAGCUGGGGCGACGGCUGCGCCCGGAGGAACAAACCGGGCGUCUACACCCGGGUCACGAAAUACCGGAACUGGAUCAAGGAGAAGAGCGGGGUGUAGGAGGUCAAGCAGCGAGGAAACAGGUUCUCUGGACGCCACUCGUUUAUCAUGAAGACUUUUCCAUCAUUUCUUCUGAAAUGUUUACAGCAGUGAUUCACUCUCUAUUUUUUUAUUCUAUGAAGCUUCUGCUUUUUUUCUUCUCGUGUAAUAAUUGAAUCUGAGCAGCAGCAGUCAGCACGCCGUCCCUGAUGGCGCUCUGAAGACUCUUCAUGAGCUCAGCUCGGUUUUAACAUCCAAACCUUUUCUCACCUGUUUUCUUAAAGGGGCCGUUGAUUCAGGACGUCUGUGUAAAUGUGGGAUCCUUCCUGUCAUGUCACCCAUUUUCACCUGUCAGAAACAAAAACAAAAACAACACUUUGAUCCAUUUGAGACAUUAAAUCCUUUUUUUUCACGGCUGUCGAUUGCAGCAAUCUACGGGAGCAACUCUAAAAGAAGUUGUGACUGAUGGUCAUUAAAAUCCAAAAGAUGUGAAAGUUUAAAAAAACGGAAUCUUCCUUUAAAACGGCGAUUAAUUAAAAUAAAAAGCUUUUAUGAAAGCUGACUUGUCAAACAGUCGUACCAAUUUACUUCAGCAUCAAUUUUAGGUUAUCAAUAAUUUGUAUUUAUUUUGUGAAUUUAUGAAAACGUUGCUAGAUUGAAUUUGUUAAUUUCUUCACUAUGAAUUAUUUAAAGGGCUAAACGGUGGUUUUUUUAGACUUCUGUGUGUAAUGUAAAGUAUUUAACUCAAGGUACUCAGGGACUCAGGUAACAGUACCUCAGGGAAUUGUCCUCGGCCUGUUAGGGAUUCACAUAAAACACCAGAGUGUGGCUGUUGAAAAGUAAUCCAACAGGGUUAAAGACUGAAAUCUGGAAUCAGGUUUUUAAAUGAGGAAAGUAAGAAUUACGUGAUUGGAUAAAAUCAGGUUAUCUAUGGUGAGCUCCAUAGUUCUCUCUGCGGAUGUGUUGUUGUGUUAUUUCGCACUCAAACGAUCAUUAUCUGUCAUUAUCUUGUGGAAUUAGCCAUGUUGCUUUUCGACUUGUUGCCAACUGGAAUACGAUCAACUCGGGUGUGAAGUCAUUCCCAGUUCAGAGGUCAAUAGAACGUCCCAUUAGUCCUGGUUUUUAAACCCGAUUAAGGGUUAGAAAAUAGGGUUCGAAGUUUCGGAUGGCCUAGCGGUUAUGUCACACAGCCCGUGUACAGAGGCUGUAGUCCUCGUCGCAGCGACAGCGAGUUUGAAUCCGACCUCGGCCCUUUGCUGCAUGUCAUCCCCGCUCUCUCCAAAACUAAUAAAGUGAGCUGGAUUAUUCGAUCCUUCAGUUAGACAGAAAGUGAAUAAAAUCUGGAUCGUUUUUUAUAUCGAGAUGAGACGUGUUGAGCAACCGUGCCAAAAGCGCGUCCAACUUGUAUUUUAACCACGUCAGUAAAUAGAACGUCAGAGUCUCGCGGUAUUUGAAGGAACCCUUAAAGAGCUUGUUUGCAUGCUGCAGCGCUCUCCAGUGUUGACUUCCUGUUCCAAACAGGAUGACGGCGCUUCUUCUCCAGAGCCAAAAGAUCGAAAAUAAUCAAGUUUCAUCAUUUUUAGAAUAUUGCAUUUAAUAAAAACUUAGUGACGUAGUAACCAGGGAAACCAAACUGCCUUUGAAGUUUUUCCUCUGAUGUUAGAUUUUCUCGUGUUGCAGCGCCCCCUACAGCUGCUGUUUGUGUUACACUUCCUGUUGUUUUGACGAGUGUAUUUAUUUUUUGUCUUCUUUUAGUCACAUCCUCGUCUGUCUUCGUUUUUAUCGUCACAUGUUUAGUUUGGGGUAGUUUUAGUAAAUGUUAAAGAUGCUAAAUACUUGAAUGUAAUUGAAUCUUCUUCGACCAAAUCAUAAGCAAUAAAAAAAACAUUCAAAAACCAAAUAUAAA